ACAGUGAGGACAGAAGCCAUUAACUCUAUUGAACUGUGUCAGAAUGAGAUACCCAUUGUCCCCAGACAAGGCAGCUCUGACACAAUUAUUAAGCCGCUGAUCGUACAGCCUGGAGGAGUCCUACAAGACAAGUCCUACAGUUCUAUGCUUUGUAACCAAGAUGGAGACUCAAAGACAGAGAACAUCUUUCUGCGAAUUCCAGAGAAUAUUCUAAAAGAAUCUGAAAGAGCCUAUGUAACUGUUGUGGGAGAUCUGAUGGGCACAGCCCUGGACAACCUGGAACGACUCUUGGCCAUGCCAUAUGGGUGUGGAGAACAGAACAUGAUCCUCUUUGCCCCCAACAUCUUCAUUCUGCAGUAUCUGGAGAAGACUCAUCAGUUGACCGAUGAGAUCACAGCAAAGCUAUUAUUUUUCUCAAAAGCGGCUAUCAGAGACAGUUGACAUACAAACAUAAAGAUGGGUCAUACAGUGCAUUUGGAAAGAAUGAUCCAGAGGGUAACACAUGGCUGACAGCUUUCGUAGUGAAAUCUUUCAGCAAUGCUCGUCCAUACAUCUUCAUAGAUGAAAGACACUUGAAUGAAUCGUUCAACUGGCUACGAGAGCACCGUAACAAGAAUGGUUGCUUCAGGAGUGUGGGGAAACUCUUUCAUAGUGACUUGAAGGUACA